ACGUUUGCGAAACCUUUUGAGGUGUGGGCACUACUUUGAUGGCGAAUGACUAUUGAUGUGCUUCGUCUGAUAGCAUCGGCCAAUAGGAGGCCGCGUUUUCAUGACGUCAGAUGCUCAUACGCAUGUCGUAUAUAAAGAAAGUUGGACUUUUUUCGUCGAGAGAUCGCGUUGAAGAGGCGGGUGAUCGCCGUUCGUCCGUUCUUCGGAUUUCAAUAUAUAUUUAGCUGGUAAGCUACUAUUCCUAGCAUUGCACAUCAUGGCAGACUUGUUCCCCGAUAUCAGGCUUUUCGACGAGCUUGAGUUCCUUCGGUUCAGCGAUGAGCAGUUCGCAUCCGAAGUGAUUCUCCCAGAAGACUCAGACACUCAGCAAACGCCACUGUUUUCGGCUGCGACUCGGAAAUCUACCAUGCCCCAAAGUGAUAUUAUCAACAGCCCGUCGUCGUCACCCCGCACACUCACUGAGCUGAAAUCUGUUGUUGCAUCAUGUACUGUUGGGAUCUAUCGUAGCCCUGAGCCAGAAGCGAAUGAUGUCCGGUUUGAACCUGUGGCAGAUAAGGAGAAAACGUUGAAUGAAAUGGUAGCAGCUUCCAGUGACAGAGAUGCUUUAGGUCGAGCCAUCAGCUGGUCGUACGACAGCGCUGAAGAGGCAGAUGUCACGUCACCAGUUUCCUUUUCAGCCAUCUCCGAGAGGUCUGCGGAGGAAGCCGGAAUGGAGCUCAUCCAGUCAUCGGAGGUUUCGCAGACUGAGACUGCCUCUCCAAUGGAGGAUGCUCCUAUGGUCAAGCGCGCAAAGGAAAGGAAGCUGAAGGUGCUUCGCAAACCUGCAAGUACGCAGUCGCCAGUGCAUACAUACAGUAAGCUUGAUGCUGCUUUGUGCAAGAGAAAGCUCUCUGUCACUGAUGGAAGUUCAAGUUCUGGAAUUGGCAGAUUCAAGACAACCAGGAAAACCAAGAAGUACAUGCAGAAGCCGUACACUGACCCGAAUCUGGAGCGCACUCGACUGAAUGCCAUCAACGCCAAGAAGAACCGGGACAGGAAGAAGCAGGAGAUGUUGAUGCUCACUGAGAAGUGUAACAACCUCUCCCAGGAGAACAGGGAACUGGACAGGAGCAAGAGGAGCCUGGAGGCUCGGCUUCAUGCCGCCGAGGAGGAGAUAGCGUUCCUGCGGAGGGCUCUGCUGGGCCAGGUCGGCCACGCGAGGCCGGCUCUGGGCGAUGCCCUGAAGUCCCUCGGUGGAGGGGACUCGGCUCCGGCAGGUUGAUGCCGCUGGUCAUAGAUCCGAGCACCAUGCAAGCUGUCAUGGAUACAUCUUAUUUAUAACAGCACACCUGGGCCUUCUACCUCCCGUGGAAGAGGAUGAGAGGUAGUAUGCCAGACAGGUGGUAUCAUUAGGUUUUGAUUCAUUUAUUCAUGAAGAACCUCCAUGUCAUUUGUCUCAUCAUUGCAGCUUGUACAAAUGGCUGCUGUGGCCACUUAGCUGCUCAAACUGUGAUACUUGUACAUUGUUUGUGAGAAGUGUAAUAUAGUGUUCAUGUCAUCAUCAA